AUGCCAAAAUUCUCUGACGAAAAACUUCAAAAAGGUGAUUCAGAAUUUCUCCAGAAUAGAAGAGGAACUCUUGCAGCAAGAUGGCAAGAUUCAAAGGAAGUUCUGAUUCUGAGUAAUUGCCACGGACCUGAUGUCAUACAAGUAAAACGCAAGCAGAAAGAUGGAGAAAAAGUAAUGACAAAUUGUCCUACCGCUAUUGCCGACUAUAACAGAUUUAUGGGAGGAGUAGAUUUGUCUGAUCAAAAGAUAUGCCUAUAUGAUUUUGAGAGAAGAUCUACAAAAUGGUGGAAAAAAGUAUUUUAUAAACUUUUGAUGACAGCUGUUGUGAAUGCACACAUAUUGUUUCAAGAAACCAAACAUAGGAAAAUACCUCUCUUGCAAUACAUUGUCCCCCUAGCCGAAUUAAUGAUUGCUCAUGGCAAAGAAAAAAAUGCAAUUGUCAAGAGGAAGAAAUCAGGUCGACCGUCAAAUGCAACAAAACUGAUGUUGAAUGUUGGAGAGAGAUCAUUUGCCAUUAGAAGGGCCAACAAGAAGAAGAUGUGCCCGCUGUGCCAAACAAAAUAA